AUGAGUACCAUCAUCAAUACUGUUGUGCCACUUUAUCAACCCAAAAUUAAUAUUGAAGGUGUCUAUACUCCAUAUCCCGGUUAUACAAUUGUCUCACAUGCUCUACAUCCACUCCCCAAAUCCCUCACUGCACUUGUUGAUUAUCUUUCGUCAAGUGAACUUGAAAAAUAUUAUUCAUUUUUACCUCGUACAAGUUAUCAUGUUACUAUCAAUCCACUUGAAAAUGUACAUGAUGAACAUCAAGAACUUUUAAGAGAGGAACAACGUAAAUUAAUCAAAUAUGAUACAUCAAGUGUAUGUACAGCCGAGAGUAUAUCCUAUAGGAAUAAUAUUCUACUCAAUGUUCAAUUUAAAGAUGAUAAUCAUCAAUUUGAAGAUAUAAUCAAGAGAGUACGAUCAGACAAAUUAAUAUAUGCAAACAUUCUACCGAAAUAUACCAUGUCAUGGCAUUUAGCAUUAGCUUAUAAAUACAAGGAUAUCAAAAAUGAUGAAACACAAACAAGACUCGAUGAAGUUAUUCGAAAUAUUCCUGAGAUAGCUAAAUUUCCUUUCGAUAUACCACUUGAUCAAAUUGAAAUAUGUCACUUUGAUGAUAUGACUAAAUUUACACCGAUUAACGUCGACUAA